UUUCAGUUUACGAUCCUGUCAAUCCACGAGCAAAGAUGGCGCCACAGUCUGUGCUUAUUACUGGUUGUUCGUCCGGGAUUGGUCUGGCUACGGCCGUAAUGCUGGCAAAGGACAAACAACAUCAGUUUAAGGUGUACGCCACAAUGAGGAAUCUGAAGUCAAAGGCUAACUUGGAGAAGGCAGCAGGCGACACGCUUAACAAGAACCUCUUCAUCCGGGAACUUGACGUCACCAAGGAAGCUACCAUCACAUCGGUUGUAGAUGAGAUCUUACGAGAAAACGGGAGAAUCGACGUUCUUGUAAACAAUGCUGGCUACACGGGUUUGGAUGGUGUCGACCAAAAGCCGAUGGAGUUCGGUUUAGCCAUGAUGGAUACCAACUUCUGGGGCCCAGUAAGAACUAUGAGAGCUGUGUUACCAGCGAUGAAGAAGCAGAAGUCUGGUAGGAUUCUCAACGUCAGCAGUAUGGCGGCGGUUCACGCCGUUCCUUUCCAUGCCAUGUACUCGGCCACUAAGUUCGCCUUGGAGGGAUUCUCUGAAGCCAGCUCGUCAGUCUUGAAAGAUGUAUACAACAUCAGAGUUCUCAUCGUUGAACCGGGACCCACCAAUACAGAGAUGAUCGCUAAAAACAUGUCUCUUCCUCCAGCGGAGCAGGCCAAAGAUUUCGAAGCUCCUUUGAAAGAUGCCUUCCUUAAAAGCUUGGAGGGAAUGACCGAUCGUCUCAAAAAUUUAGUUCAGCAGCCUGAGGAAGUAGCUCAGGUCAUUCAGGAGGUCAUACUGAGUGAGAAUCCACACCUGCGGACCCAGGCCAGUGAUAUCCUUAAGAAGGAAGCCGCCAAAAAGUUUCUGGAUCCGCACACCGAUGGCUUUAUGAAAGAAAAAUGGCAAAAGAAGUGAACACACUCCCUUUUUCCACAACUCUCUGAAUAGGCUUUUAGUGUCCUUACAGUAGUUAGUGCAGUUUCUCUGGAUUGUAAUUUGAAGCGGAGGUCGGAAACGUUUGAUUUACCUUGACUGAAUAAAACAUAAUUGAAAUCUGUCAAAUAUUUGGAAUACGGAAGGGAUGUAAUUGUAUAAACAUUCUUUGUUAUUUCUUUAAAAGGUAGAGUAUAAAUCAUAUUUCAUUUGUGAUUUUUUUUCCUUUGAAGCAACAGAAGAUGUGUAAUUAAAUAUUAACUUCAUGAACUUUUAGCAUACUGAAGGAUGAAUAUAAAUAGAAAUCAAUAUUCUAGGUUCUCAAUCUCAAUUCAAACGUUGCCGAUUCAUGUUUUGAAUUGCGUCCGAAUUAAGCAUCCUGGAAACAUUUUCAUUCAGCCCAUUGCAGCGACGCUAUGUCACGCAUUCGCUCGUACCCCCGCCCUUUAAACAGGACGCUGAUGAAUUUACGCUCUGAUUGGAUAUAUUUGCGUGACCUGUGACCUGCAAGUCAUCACGGUCAUGAUUCUGCAAGGUUU